AUGCGGAAGUCAAAUUUCCACUGGAUUAUUACGAAAAAAGAGCCAAUGAUUGAAGAUGUACAACCACAAGUACAGAAAGAUGAAAUUCAUGUUGAAAAGACAAAAACACAGGUCAAAGUUGAUGAAAAAAGCGACAAGGAAAUGUCGUACAAUAUGAAUUCCACUAAACCAUCGGAAUGGCAAUCAGAUGAAACGUCAAAUGAGUAUCUUCGACGAUUUCGAAAUUAUGAAAUAUAA